UUGUUUGUUGAAAGUGAGAAUGUAGUGUUUCUUCCGCCGUUUCACCACCUCCUCUCUUUUUAUAUAAAUGGUUUAUUGGGCGCUUACUGGACGUUAACAAAGCGUCCUGACUUCCGAUCGAAAAGUUGGGGCUUCGACGGUUUCCCGGCGUCGGAUCCCCCCGUCUGGCCAAGGGAGGCCGCUUUUUGGAUUUCUUUUCUCCUUUGAAAACCAUCUACUAUUCUAUGUGCACUGGGGCGACCGUCAAGUCCGACGAGGAAUUGUUUUUCCCGGCGAAGCACAAGACGGGCUUUCAUCGUUUGACUGUUCUGACUGUAGAAGUGAGGAAAUUGCCGUUUGUUCUGGUGGGAGUUGGCAUUUCCGGCGAAAAUUCAAGUGGGCUGGUCUUGUUUGGUUUGUUUGCGACGGGCUGCAAGUUAUAGGGAUUGGCAUGGACCAGAUGAUUCUUGGCUUCUAACAGGGUGAACCUAAUACAGAUUUCUUGUAAAUGGAUAGAGCCAACAAUUGAUGUUGGAUUAUGCAGGGCGAGCAGCAGACCUCAAGGACAGUGAAGGAGGGUAUUCUCUAAUCAACGGUUCAGAAGACGUGCAGAUAGGUUUAUAUGACAAGCCCCUUCCUUGCUUUGGAUGUGGCAUAGGAUGGUUCUCGUUUCUGCUAGGAUUUGCAUUCCCUUUAAUGUGGUACUACGCCACAAUCCUCUAUUGUAGUAAUUACUACCGCAAGGACCCAAGAGAGCGAACUGGCCUUGCAACUUGUGCUAUCGCUGCUUUGGUGUGUACCGUAGCUCUCUGCAUCACCAUGGCUGUACUGUUAUUGUUGUAAAAUUUGGGACGAUGCUUAUUUUGAUGAUGGUGGAUGGGAUCGUAUCGACUUUUGCUGCAUGAGGAACCUGGGGCAUUGGAGUAGAUGGAGAGUGCUGGGUAAAUAACAGAAGGGUUGCAGCCCAGGCUUCAUGUAGUGUGAGUUUGUAUCUUUGAUGAAACUUCAAUGAUCUUACUUCCUCACGUGCCUGGAUUUCUUUUUACUGCAUGGCACCGUUUCCGGGGAUGAGGGUCGCGUGCUGCAUAAAUUUUACAUAAAUUUUCCAAUUAGUGUUUUAAAGUCAUUUUUUGGAAGUUUGUUUUGAAA